CCGUGCUCCUUUGCGAAGGCCUGCAAUGCUCUGAGCUCCCCCUCAUUGUGAGUCGCAAACAGCCCUUUUCACCCUGAAACCCUGUAUUGUCCCUGCUUGUAAACACGUGUGCCCUACCCGAAACGCGUUUCAGCUAUUCCCGCCAUAAUUUCGACGAACAACUCGCACGUUGCAUCCAACCACAACUGCCCUAUCACCACACCACUCCACAUCACCACGCGUCAAUCCUGCAUUCACUGACGUAUCUGGAUCGGCGUCGCAGUCAUGACAGAAAAUCGUGCAAACAGCGGAGUCCGGAACCUGCGGGCUAUGUUUGAGAGCCAGAGCGCUGCUUCGUCUCCUGAACCCCGCGGUCGCUCUCCAUCACGCAGAAUCAACGCCGACACAACUCGUCCUACGUCCAAGGUCAAGGCUUCCUUCGUCUCCGUCGAACCGAGUGCUUCCUUUCCGCAAACUUUGGGAACAGCCAAAGCCACAGUUGACGGGCUCAGCAGCGCUAACUCCCAGCGCGGGGGAACCUCUAGCAUAAGCAAGGAUCUGGGCGACGAGGGGGUACAGGAGUUGAAGAAGGUGGUUAGUCAAGAGAAGGACGCUCGAGAAAGUGUCACGGCGGUUGAGCACGCCGUUCCUGAGCAAGCCAUCGAGUCACGAGAAGCGUCCCCUGCAUCACCGUCCAUCAAAGCGCCAGAGAAAGCCAUGCCCAAUCUAGGGAGUAUAAUGAAGGGAUCCGACUUCCCAGAGCCGGAAGGUGCGGUCCAGGCGAAGCCCGAGGAGACGCCCGAGGAGAAGGUCGAGGAGAAGGUCGAGGAGAAGCUCGAGAAGAAGGUCGAGAAGAAGGUCGAGGAGAGCGUGCAGGGGAACGUUCAGGAAAUCGCUCAGGAGGACUCUCCCGCCCAGAACAAGUCAUCACCGGAUAGGACAACUGAAGUCGUCGAGGACAAGCUUGCGGCGCUUUCAGUCAAUGAGCUCCCCCCAGACAACCCCGACAAGAUUGUGACUGGGGCACAGGAGGAGGGGAAGUUGAAGCCUGCAGACCCCGAAGAUAAGGCCACAAUAACAGGAGGAGCGGCACUUCAGCCUCCGACAGACACCUUAUCUUCGAACGAUGCUGCUGGAACCGCACCAAGUGCUCCAGAACCUGCUGCACGAAGUCCUGCUAAGCCCAAAUCGAAUGGAACUGGAGCCCCUGGUCCCACUACUACUGGCAAACCCGCUCCGAUAUCCGUAGUAAAAGCGUCCACGAGUAAGCCAUCCGCAUCGAAGACUCCGCUGCCCAAAUCUCCCGGUGUGGCCAAACUGCCCAAAACACCGACUACACCUAAACCAUCUUCCAACAACAAGCCAACCGCGAAGACUGCAACCCCUGCUAAGGAGCAGCCGAAAGCCACGGUGCAGAAGUCAUCAGACAAGGCGCCCGUCUCCAAGACCAGCCAAUCCUCACUAAAAUCCACGGCAUCAACAACUGCUAGCGCUGCCGCCAAGGCCAAAGCACCUGUUGUAGAAACCAAGAAGCCUGCUUCGAAAACCGCUUCCACUGACCCUGCCGCCUCCGCCGCUAAAACCGGCGCUGCCACCUCGCCGGGUGGUUUCAAGAAACCAAGACCGAAGUCUCCAACCCGACCUGUCCGUCUGCCAGCCCACUUGACCGCACCUACGGCAGCGUCCGCCGCAAAGCACGGCACUGACGCUACUACGAAGAUCGCUGCAAAAGCUUCCACUGUUUCUCGCCCUACAACCACAAAAACUGCAACACCCCCCAAUAAACCAGCUGCGCGUUCCUCACUAGCCCCAUCAACUGCAAAGCGCCCAGAGUCCCGCACCUCGACUAUUGGCGGCGCCGACGACAGCUUUCUGGCGAGAAUGAUGCGACCGACCGCCGCCAGCGCGAGCAAGGUGCACGACAAGGCAGCCUCUCCACCUCGCAGGAACGCCUCCGUCAAGGUCCCCGUAAAGCCCAAGACCGGCCAACCAGGGCUUGCUGCGAAGACCAAGAACAAGGUUGCUGAACACGCCACCACAACCAAAGAGGGUGCAACAAGCGGCAAAGAUGAGCAAUCCAAGGUGGCCAAGGUAGAGAAACCCCCUACCAAUGCAGAUGUCAAGGAACAUUCGGAGAAGACUGGAUCCGCUGAGACCGCACCCGAGGUUCCGCCCGCCGCACAAGGAGAAACUCCAGCUGUAGACAAUCAAGAACCAAAGCAAGAAGAGCUUCCGGUCAAUUGAGCUGCCAAUAUCAGGAAAGCAGAGUAGGAAACGUAGUGACGAGCGGUGCCGAAGACAAACCAUGGCAAGCUUCAUCCAUUUCCGAGGCACUCUGUUUCCGUCAAUGUGUUUGAUCCACUUAGUUUUCGUCGAGGUCUACAGUGUCAUAGUGUUUGUAGAGGUUCCUGGAGCAUUGCGAUGGUCUACUAUUGGAUUACUUGUUGAAAGCGAACAGAGUGUCUAGAUGUGUGCAAUCGGAGAGAUAUGUUGGAUAUCACUUUUUAAGUGUUUAAUAUAAG